AUGAUGAAUGAUUCAAACAUGAGUGGCACCAUCACUUCAACAUCAGUCAUGCCUUUGGCAAAUAUUUCUAAAAUCAUCGAGUUGGAGGAUUUAUCUAUGGCCGUGUUUAUCAUUACAUUUGUACCAAGUGUGGUCUCUAUAAUCGCCACCAUUGGUUUUGUUUAUGCUUUUAUAAAAUAUAAGAACAACGACUCUUACAAUACCCUGCUUACUUGUCUCACCAUAGCUAACGGACUUACAUGUUUCGGAGUUGUUAUGGGUGCUUUCCACUACAAAAAAGAUAUACCGUUUGGAAACAGUGGGGCAUUCUGUGUCAUUCAAAGCAUAUUGUGUACAUAUUUUGACAUGGUAGCUGACAUAUAUACAUUAUUCGUUCAGAUCAACAUUUGCUGUAGAAUCGCAUUCGGUUAUAUUUGCAUGAGAAAUCGGAAUGCUAAGUUAGCAUGCCAUACAUCCGCGCUGACUAUCCCACUGAUGAUCGUGCUGGCAGCCAUCUGGAGGAAUGCCUUGGGAGAUUCUGCAAGUUUGUACGGGUCCUGGUGCUGGAUCAGUGACUCAUUAUCAAAUCAAGAGAAGUGGAUCUGGAUGGUUGUCACUAAACAAGGUUGGGAACUGGUGGUUUAUUUUGGUACAUGUUUCAUGUUCAUUAUUAUCUUGUAUCAACGAUGCAGGAAUCAAGAUGUACGUUGCAGAUCAAGAGACAGGACGUCACAGAAUAACUUAAGUUCCAUAAACGUACCCAAUGAACGAACGAGGUUAAGGAACUCUGGGAAUUCUUCAGAGGACACAGAAUAUGCUGAGGCGUCUGUCAAUUCUGUCUUGGUCUGGGUUGGCAUCUACUUCUAUUUAGCGAAAAUGUGGGGAACCAUCAGGUAUGGUGUGAAUAUCUACAUGCUGGCCUUUAAUGACGAGAUUUCCAAUUUUCUUCCACUGGAAAAGUACUUUCUCAUUUUCAUGCAAAGCCUCGGAGAUAGCCUUCAAGCCACUAUUACAUUCUGUAUUUUUGUAUUAAAGGACAACGAGCUAAGAGGAAAAUUAAGCAAUGACAUAUGGGGAAAACGCACUGCGAAGACUACAAAUGAUUAA